UCCUGCGGCCUGACAGCAUGGCUCUCUGUGAGGAGCACGCCGACACCUACCUGCUCCCCCCCAGGUAUCUGAAGUACAGGAGCUUCCUCGCGCACUAUGGAGACGCCGCGGACGCCUUCAACAACCAGCAGCGCGCGCAGCUGCGGGCCCUCCUCGCACAGAUCAACCCCUCUCUGGCCCCGCGCCUCCGGAGGUUCAACACGCGGGACGCGGCCGUGCAGGUGAACCCGCGCCGGGACGCCGCAGUGCAGUGCGGGAUCGGCCCGCGCACCCUGAUGCGUGGGGGGGAGGCAGGGGUGAGGUACCCACGCACUCUCGCUGUUUACUCCCCCAUCGCCUUCAGGAGCGUCACGUGCUUCCUGGGGGAGGAUGGGGGUGAACCGGAGGAGAGAACUGGAGAACCGCAGAAGAAAACCAGAACCAGGACCAAAGAUCAGGAGGCGGGGGAGGAGGAGCACAAGGAGCAGCUGGGGUCAAAAGGCAAGGCGCGUGUGAGAUUCCAGUUCCUGGAGCAGAAGUACGGGUACUACCACUGCAGAGAGUGCAACCUGCGGUGGGAGAGCGCCUAUGUGUGGUGCGUUCAGGGAACCAGCAAGGUUUAUUUCAAACAGUUCUGUAGAAAGUGCCAGAAGUCCUUCAACCCGUACCGAGUCGAGGACAUCACGUGUCACACGUGCAACAAGGCGCGCUGCUGCUGCUCCGAGACUCAGCGCCACGUGGACCCGAAGCGGCCGCACCGCCAGGACCUGUGCGGACGCUGCAGGGGGAAGCGUCUGUCCUGCGAGAGCACCUUCAGCUUCAAGUACAUACUGUAGCGCCCCCCCACCCCCCAGCACUCUCUCCCUGUCAGCCACUGUACCUGCAGAUCUGCAGCGAUGGCAUUUUUGGAUGCAGAACAUUAAUUAGACGUUUCAAAGCUUUAUUUAAUGCCUGUUUUGUGUUUGUUAACGGUAAGCGUUACAGUUGCUAUUGUAAUAAACGGCUACCUGCACUCCGCUGUCUCUCCACUUCUUAAAACAUGUUCUACGAAGGUCCCCUAUCCUGCAGAAUGCACUUUCUAAUGUGUUCCCUGUGUGAAGACGCAAAGUGUCAGCAUUAAAAGUUCUCUUUCCCUCCUGA